AUGCAGAAAUUCACGCCCACGUUAGAAAAGGGCCCGAUCCCGCUGCGCCCGAUCAGGGAUGCCGCCCGCCGCGCGCUGCUGGACCUGCUGGAUAGCGUGCGCGGGCGCAAGGCGCUGGUGCUGGAGGCGGGGUUUGAGGCGCCACUGGGGCUGAUCGCCGACGCGCUCACCCUCAAGGAGCACGGCGUGGAAGUGUUUUGCCUGCUGGAGGCGCAGCCCUCGGUGGUGGAUGCGCUGGUGGACAAGGGGGUGCGCCAGCUGGUGUACCUCACGCACGGCCAGCUGGGCGCGUGCCAGGCGGCGGCGCGCCACGUGCGCAUGUGCCAGCAGGGCGCCGCCGCCGUCGGGGGCGGCGCCCACUCCUUCGACUUCACUCUGGUGCUGAUGCCAGGGCGUACCGCGGUGGCUGAGCGCAUCCUCGAGGAGCAGGGUGUGCUGGGGGAUGUGGCGCUGAGGGAGCUGGCGCUUGACUGGGUGCCGCUGGAUGAGGACCUGCUCAGCCUGGAGCUGCCCUCAGCCUUCAAGGCGCGCAGGCUGCUCAAUACCUGGUCAUCCUGCUUUCCUUGUGCCACUGCUUGUUUUUCUUUUCAAAGGGGCAGGACCCCGGCGGGGGUGGAGCUGACUGUGGAUCGCGACAAGAGCAGCCUGUUCCUGGUGGCGCGUGCGCUGCACCAGCUGCAGCAGCAGUGGGGCACCAUCCCACACUUGAAGGGAAAGGGGGACUCGGCGGCGGCAGUGCAGCGCAUCAUGUCCCGCAUGCGGCAGGAGCAGGGCACGGAGGCGCCCGCCGCGGGUGCCGAUGGCAUUGACACGCUCAUCCUGCUGGACCGCUGUGUGGACAUGGUGACGCCCAUGUGCACGCAGCUGACGUAUGAGGGUCUGCUGGACGAGGUGUUUGGGCUGACCUGCGGCCAGAUGAAGGCAGAGGCGCCCGCAGCGGCGGCGGCGGCAGCAGCAGACGGCGGUGGCGCAGGCGGCAGCAGUACCGCAGCUUCUGCCGCCCCCAAGAAGGUGUAUGGCCUGAACUCUGCGGAUGCGGUGUUCCGGGAGACGCGGGACCAGUUCUAUGUGGGGGCUCGCAAGUGGCUGAACGAGACGCUGCGCACCAUCCAGCAGUUCCGCGACCAGGGCAUGCACACCGCGGACAUCAACCAGCUGCGCGGCUUCGUGGCGGAGCUGCGCGAGAAGUUUGUGCGGCUGCCGCUGCACAGCGGGCUGGUGGAGCAGCUGGCGGCCGCCAUCCAGGCGCCCGGCUUUGUGGCGCGGCAGGCGGUGGAGGCGGGGCUGCUGGAUGAGGGCGACGAGAUGCCCGCCAUAGAGGACCUGAUGUACCAGGGGGAGGGCCUGCUGCCUGUACUGCGCCUGCUGCUGCUGUACUGCGCCGUGCAUGGCGGCGUGCCCACGCGCCACUACGAAAACCUGAGGCGCGACAUCCUCAACACAUACGGCCACCAGCACCUCCUCACACUGGCCUCCCUGGCCAAAGCAGGCCUGCUGCAGCGGCGCGAGGGGCGGCGCAGCGCCUUCCCUGCCGCCAAGCAGCAGCUGCGCCUGCUGCUGCAGGAGGGGGAGCAGAUAGACGAGUCCAGCCCGCAGGACAUCCACUACACCUUUGCCGGCUACGCCCCCCUCAGCGUGCGCCUCGUGCAGCAGGCGCUAUCAGCUUCCGGCUGGGCGGGCAUCGACUCCCUGCUGCAGCAGCUGCCCGGCCAGCAGUUUGAGCUGUGCCAGGGCAGCGAUGAGCAGGGGAUGCCCGUGGAGCGGCGGCAGGGCGGCGGCAAGGCGGCGGCCGAGGCCGCGGCCGCGGCCGCCAGCGGCAGGCGGAGGCGGGUCAUGGUUGUGUUCAUCGGCGGCGUGACGUGCGCAGAGGUGUCUGCGCUGCGCUUCCUGAGCCAGAAGGGGCUGGCCAACUGCGACUUCCUCAUAGCUACCACCGCCAUGUGCACCGGCGGCAGCCUGCUGAGCGGCCUGGCGGCGCAGGGGGCACCGCAGCUGGCGGCAGAGGCGUAG